AUGAAGAGGUAUACGGCUGAUCAAGUACUGGAGGUGUUGAUGGACUCAGAGUCUGAUCGCUCCUUAUUUGAUCAUUCUGAAUCUGAUCAGGACGAAGAAGUCAGUGAGACAGAUGCACAUGUCGUCACAGAAAGUUCUAGUCACGGACGAGCAGCAGAAAGUUUGUUCACCCGUCGAUCUGGACGAAGACAUAGUUCACCUGUGUGUCGAAGAGUGGACAGUGACAGUUCAGACAGUGAUACUUCGGACAGUGAGUGGACACAUUCAAGGCCAAGAUCUCAGUCGUCUUUCCCAGGUGGCAGAACGUGUAGAGGUAGAACACAGCGAGGCAGAGGCCGGAUGCGUCAAGUACAUCGACAUAGUGCUGCUGGUGAUCAAACUAGGGCCGGUGUGAACCAUCCAGCUGAAGAUGCUGAACCUGAUGAUUCUAAGUGGCAUGAAAUUAACUGGCAGCCAAAAAACAUUCCCUUCACUGAGAAUCCUGGGCCUAUUGGUGAUGCUGCUGCUCUUGAGUCAGAACAACCUGUAGACUUUGCAGAGUUGUUCAUUUCUGAUGUACUGAUUCAGAACAUUGUUGAUCAGACCAACCUGUAUGCAGAUCAGUGUAUUCAGGCUAUGGAUGACACUUCAAAACAUGCUAGAUGUCACGCAUGGAAGCCUGUCACAGUUUCAGAGAUGAAAACUUUCAUGGGCCUCCUUUUUCUCACUGGUAUCAUUCAUAAGCCUGAACUUGAAAUGUACUGGUGUACAGAUGACAUGUUAGCUACCCCCUACUUCAACAAGGUCAUGCCUCGCAACAGGUUUGAAAUCAUAUGGAGAUUUCUACACUUCAGUGAUAAUACAACAAGGCCAGACAAUUGUACUGACAGGCUGUACAAAAUCCGCCCUGUCUUGGAUCACCUUGUGUCCAAAUUCCGCGAAAUGUAUCAGCCCAAGUCAAACAUUUGCAUUGAUGAGGGGAUGUUUCUGUGGCGUGGGCGCCUGGCUUUCAGGGUGUACAAUCCCCAGAAACCCAUCAAAUAUGGAGUAAAAUCCUACAUCUUGUGCGAUUCUGAUACAGGCUACUGUUUUAACAUGAAGCCCUGUUGUGGGGAAAGCGCUACCCUGGGAGACACGGUUUUCUCUCUUCUUGAUCGCCUAGCAGGUCAUGGCUACAGAUUGUUUAUGGACAACCUAUACAACUCUGUACGACUGUGUGAGCGCCUACUUGAUGUGAAAACCCAUGUAUGUGGAUGUGUUGCUUCACUCACGGUGACAAUAACAAAACAAGUGAUGGAGAAACUCAAAGCCAUGUUCGCCCGUCACGGAGUCCCAGAGGUCCUGGUCACAGACAAUGGUCCACAAUUUGCAGCAUCAGACUUUGCGGACUUUGCAAAAGACUAUGAUUUCCAUCAUGUGACCAGCAGCCCGCAUUAUCCUCAAAGCAAUGGGGAAGCGGAAAGGGCGGUGAGAACUGUUAAAACAUUGCUGAAGAAAGGCGAGGAUCCUCACAAAGCACUUAUAGCUUACAGAGCCACGCCAUUAGCGUCAGGAGCCUCACCUGCUCAACUCUUGAUGGGAAGGAACAUCAGAACCACUCUUCCAGAAAUGGGCCGGAAGAGAGAGUUUUAG